AAAAAUUUUUAAGAUUAUUAUUUAUGUUUUUUUUUGUAAAUUUCAGAUAAAAUGGAAAGUCUGCAAAGUAAUCCAGAAAAUAAAGAACCCACGGAGUCUCCUAGAAGUUCAAGCCCACCUCUAGAAUGUCCUCCAACACCAGAACAAGUUCCUCCAGGCUCUAAAACCCCGCCUCCAGGACCCAGUAAGGAGUAUAGUAAACGUGUAUCCAGGAAGCUAAUGCAAUCUAUUAAUAUUGUUAGUCCAGGACCCAGUAAGGAGUAUUAUAAACGUGUAUCCAGGAAGCUAAGGUAAUCUA